CCUGCUGCCGCGCCCGACGUCACCCCGAAUCGCCCACCUGCAGUCGUGCGCAAGCGCAGUAAUUCCGGCACAGGCGGACUGCUGUCACGGUUUCCCUUCAUGCGCGCAUCAAGCGACCAGCACAGGCCCCGCGCCCGCCGUGGGACGAACGAGAACGAUCCGAAACCGUCCGCUUCCCCAACUUCAUCACCGACCAGCUCGCCUCCAAUACCGUCCUUUCGUACGAUCCCGUCCACUUCGAAUACCAAUGCUGGCAACAGCGGCGCUGGCAGUAGCGUCUAUGCCCCAGCACCUCCGCUUUCCCAUGCGGCCCUUCAACAACAAACAAUACUGCAACAGAAAACAAGGCGGCGUAGGGGGUCGCUGAGGAAGGUUGCUCUUUUGGGACGAGGGGCUCAGCGCGAAAGGCGGGAGAACUACCCGCCAAGCAUCAACACACAGUUUGGGGUGGACGGUGCCAAUGGUAGCAAUGCACGCACAUCCGGUUCGGGAAGCAACAUCAUCAAGAAUAGCGGCUUUGGACUGGGCAUCUCGGGCAUUUCGUCCCGCCCCAGUGCCAGCAUGGAAGAGUCGGACUCUGAAGGAACAUAUACGGCCAAGGGCACGAGCAGCAAUAUCACAUCACCCAUUGUGAUGAGCAACGGUACCGAUGACCCGACAAUGACGAGCCCCACCAUCAGCUACACCACCACCGACGACGAGGACGCCCUCCACAUGGCCAGCUCCAGAGGGCCAGGUGUCAUGCCGUCUCUCUCCCGCUCGUCGACCAACUCCUCCGUCAGCAGCCUCAACCUCCUGUACCCCGAGCGGGCCGCCGUCUCCCCGACUUCCGACUCCUACUUCCCGACCAUGCCUCCCAAUCGUUCCACACGCGGCCCCCUAAACACAACAUUUAGCAACGGUACCAGUUUAGCCACCGCCGCCUCCAACUCAAUCCAAGGCCGCCGCCGCACCUCGGCCCAACAACAACGAGCCAAGUCCCCGCUGAGCCUGACAACGCCGAUGCCGCCCCAGGAAGCGGUUUCCGACUUUGACUACUACGACGACUACAGCGACACCGAGUUCUGGGGCUGGAUUAUUUUGUUAUGCACGUGGAUCACGUUCGUGAUCGGGAUGGGCUCGUGCUUCGGCGUGUGGAGCUGGGCGUGGGACGUGGGGACGACCCCCUACGCGCCCCCCGAGUUCGAGGACGACCCAACGCUGCCGAUCGUCGGGUACUACCCGGCGCUGUUUGUGUUGACGUGGAUGAUGGUGUGGGUGUGGGUGUCGGUGAGCUGGGUGGGGAUGAAGUAUUUUAGGCAUGCGAGGGUUGGAGGGGAUUGA